AGCAGGAUGGGUUGGCUGAUGAUCGUAGUGUCCGUGCUCAUUCCCAACAUCGGGGGCAUUGUCGGAGGGCUGGCGACGGCAAAGAGCAUCAAAAAUUGGUAUAAUAAGGACCUUAAGAAACCAGAGUGGCGUCCCCCAAACUGGGUGUUCGGCCCUAUGUGGACCACCCUCUACUCCACCAUGGGUUAUGCCGCCUAUAGGGUAUGGCUGGAGUAUGACUCGCCAAGCAUCCUCGUCCCCUGGCAGCUGCCCUGGCCCCUAAAGCUAUUCGCGCUGCAACUCAUCCUCAACUGGCUGUGGACGCCAAUUUUCUUCGGCCUGAAAAAUAUCACGCUGGCACUGCUGGAGAUAAUCCUCCUCGAUGCGGCCGUUGUGGCAACAGGCUGGGCGUUUUACCAAGAGGACGACCUGGCUGGCACUCUCUUCAUACCCUACCUGCUGUGGCUCUCGCUCGCCACGGCUCUCACCCUCACCAUUUGGAAGAUGAACCCACGCUGGCGGAAUGGAGUGCCGGCCAAGGAGAAAUAGGAAAGGGGGGGGGGGGAUGGCGGACGAGGCUUGUUGAUAGAUUCCUUGUUGCUGUCGUUUUCUUGGUUUUCUUGACGAGGAUUUUGAGAUUAGAAAUGAUAAUGUGGAUGAUAUUGAUGAUAAACAGUGUGGUUGUGGGAAGUUGCGAGGUGCCGUCCAGGGAGGAGGAGCAGAAAGCAAGGUAUGAUUGUCUGCCGUUACAUUAGAGGUUGCUCUUUCCUCGCUUCUUGUUUGAGGAUGUUUAGUGCCUGAUUAGGAUUAUCAUACAGGUUUCAUUUUGAUAUUUUUUUAAAAAGAAUUGUUGAAAAAGGGGGAAAAAAUACAUUUCUUAUGUAGGUUGUUAUGGAGAUUAAGAUAGUGAAACUAAAAGAAUUGUGUAUAUGUAUAUAAUAUGUA